ACUCUUCAUAGUCUCAAGUUGACACCAGAUGAUGUCACUACCAGAGCCCAUUCUCAAGAGAACAAGGAGACACUCCAGCAAGCAGACGGUCUCUCUCUGGGGGGCCGGGAUGCUGCCGACACUGCUGCUGCUGCUGCCUCUGCUGUGGAGAGGGACUCUGGCUCAGAAUCGGAUACCUCAGCUGGAACUACAGGAAUCUGUGAUCCUGCAGGAGGGUCUGUGUGUCCUUGUGCUGUGCAAAUUUUCUCCUCCCUGGCCUCACUAUUUACCUGCCUCAAACCUGUAUUGGUUCCAGAAAGAGGCACAUGGAAAGUAUGGUCUUCCAGUGGCCACAAACAAAGAAGGAGCGAAGCUGAAGAAGGGAGCUCAGGGAAGAUUCCUUCUCCUUGGGGACCCCUGGAACAAUUGCUCCCUGACCAUCAGAGACGCCAACAUGGCAGACAGUGGGACAUAUGUUUUUCAUGUGAAAAGACACCAUAGGGAACACACAUAUGAAGACAAGUUGCUCUCAGUGAAGGUGACAGCCUUGUCUCAGUUACCCAACAUCCAAGUCCCAGACAUCCUGGAGUCUGGCAACCCCAGGAACCUGUCCUGUACUGUGGCCUGGGCCUGUGAGCAGGGGACACCCCCCAUCUUCUCCUGGAACUCAGCUGCCCUGACCUCUGUGGGCCCCAGAACCCACUUAUCCUCAGUGCUCACCAUCUCCCCCAGACCCCAGGACCACGGCACCAGCCUCACCUGUCAGGUGACCUUCCCUGCAGUUGACGUGACCAUUAAGAGGACUGUCCGGCUCAAUGUCUCCUCCCUCAAGACCCUGGAAAACGCCUCAUCUGUUACCGUUCUAGAAGGCCAGUACCUGCGUCUGCAUUGCGUUGCAGACAGUAAUCCCCCUGCACGGCUGAGCUGGUUCCGGGGUUUUCCAAGCGCGGACACCUCCCCCAUCUCCACUGGAUAUGCGGAGCUGUCUCAAGUAGUGACUGGGGAAGGGAGAGUGUUCACUUGCCAAGCUCAAAACCAUCUGGGCAGCCAGCAGGUUUUUCUGAAUGUCUCUAUUUAUUGUGAGUUUGGGGGCACCUUGGGCAAAGGCUCCAUGGAAUUAGAGAGGCUGGUAGAGGGGCACCAGCACCCAUUUGCAACCAACGUUGCUUCAGACGGCCCAGCCCCGGCUGUAACAGACCGCCUCUCCACAGAGGAAGAGGCGCUCCACUACGCGUCCAUCAGCUUUGACAGGCUGAAGCGAAAGGAGCGGGAGGACACUGACUACUCAGAGAUAAGGGCACCCAAAUGAGGAACUGCCCAAAGCCACAGCCCUGGGUGGAAAGUACAUGGCCUCCCUCAGCU